AUGCUAUUGGUACUUCAGAAAGAGCCAAAAAAAUUAGAACCUAUAAUUGACCCUAUAAUCGAAUUACUGACCACCAGUAGAAAAAGCGUUAGAAGAUUAUCAAAAACAGGUUCUUCAUCAACCACUACCUCUAAACCUAAAAAAGAACCAACUCCUAAUCAACCUACUAUAGCACCAAAUAAGGACCAUCAAACUUCUCAACCACCAACUUCUUUAGCUACUUAUUGA